UUCUCAAUAGGUAUCACUACAGUGCAAGAAAGCGCCUAUUCUCAUGGAAGGAUCAUCAGGUGUAAGGAAAGGCGCAUGGAGUCAAAUUGAAGAUAACCUUCUCAGAGAUUGCGUGAACCUUCAUGGGGAAGGAAAAUGGCACCUUGUUCCUAAAAGAGCAGGGUUGAACAGAUGCCGCAAGAGUUGUAGAUUGAGAUGGUUGAACUAUCUUAAACCAAAUAUCAAGCGGGGAGAUUUUAGUGAAGAUGAGGUUGAUUUGAUGAUCAGAUUGCACAAGCUUUUGGGAAACAGAUGGUCCCUAAUUGCAGGGAGACUUCCAGGAAGAACUUCAAACGAUGUGAAGAAUUACUGGAACACCUACAUGCGCCGUAAAGUACACUCUCACAAGAAAGACAACAACAUAGAGAAGCAAGCUGAUGAGGCCAAACCAAUAGUGAAACAUCACGAAGUUAUAAAACCUGUUCCUCGAACUCUAUCAAAAACAUCUCCAUGGUUGCAAGGGAAAUUUGUUAAUAGUUCCAAAGUUGGUGUUAGUGAAGAAGGUGCAACUUCAAUAUCAGGGUCUGCUGGGAAUUGGUGGGAAACUUUGUUAGAUGACAAAGAAGACAAUGCAGUUAAUAACAACAACACGUGCUUCUUUGGUGGGGCAGAUGGAGAGUUUAACCUUUGGAGUGAAGAGCUUACUUCAAUUGAUUGUGAUUUUGUUACACAAGGUGAAUCUUGGAGUGAUUUUCUUCUUGACCUACAAGGCUAGGAGAUAAUUAGUGUGUGGUGCUUGUU